AUGGCCGAUGGGUUUGAAAUUGGAGGUGCUCAUAAUGAAGCCAAUCCUAUUGCUUUGGCCGAUGAUAGAGCCCGAGCAAUAAGAGAGUAUGCAGCCCCUAUGUUCAAUGAGCUAAAUCCGGGUAUUGUGAGACCCGAAAUCCAAGCACCUCACUUUGAGCUCAAGCCCGUCAUGUUUCAAAUGCUCCAAACGCUACGAGGAGUAAGUGAAGAGGCUUUAAGAUUGAAGUUGUUCCCAUUUUCCUUAAGGGAUCGGGCUAGAGCAUGGCUUAACACUCUUCCUCCCGAUUCGGUGAUUAAUUGGAAUGACUUGGCUGAAAAAUUCUUGAGAAAGUACUUUCCUCCAACAAGAAAUGCAAAGUUUCGAAGCGAGAUCAUGUCUUUUCAACAAUUGGAAGACGAGACUACUAGUGAUGCAUGGGAAAGAUUCAAGGAGUUGUUAAGGAAGUGCCCACACCAUGGUAUUCCUCAUUGUAUUCAACUUGAGACAUUUUACAAUGGUCUCAAUGCGGCCUCUAGGAUGGUGUUGGAUGCUUCCGCUAAUGGAGCCAUUCUUUCCAAGUCUUACAAUGAAGCUUUUGAGAUUUUGGAAAGGAUAGCUAGCAACAACUAUCAAUGGUCAACUAAUAGAGCUCCUACAAGCCGAAAAGUAGCGGGUGUUCUUGAAGUAGAUGCUUUGACCGCUCUAACCGCUCAAAUGGCCUCAAUGACCAACAUUUUGAAGAAUAUGAAUAUGGGAGGAAGUGUACAACCAGCCGCUGCCAUUCAAAGGGCAGAAAUCUCUUGUGUGUAUUGUGGUGAUGGGCAUACUUUUGAAAAUUGCCCUUCAAAUCCAGCUUCGGUUUGCUAUGUGGGUAAUCAAAACUUCAACCGCAACAACAAUCCAUACUCAAACUCCUACAAUCCGGCAUGGAAGCAUCAUCCGAACUUUUCAUGGGGAGGUCAAGGGGCAUGUUCAAGUGGAGCACAACAAGCACAAGGAAAGCAAUCAUUUCCACCGGGUUUUUCUCAACAACCUCACCAACCUCAAGGCUCUCAAACUAGUUCUUUGGAGAGCUUAAUGAGAGAUUAUAUGGCCAAGAAUGACGCUGUAAUUCAAAGCCAAGCAGCAUCUCUUCGGAAUCUUGAAGUUCAAUUGGGGCAAUUAUUGGCCAAUGAUUUGAAGAAUAGACCACAAGGCACUUUGCCUAGUGACACCGAAAACCCAAGAAGAGAUUGCAAAGAACAUUGCAAAGCGGUAACCUUGAGAAGUGGAAAAAUAAUUGAGUCAAAUGUGGCUGCAACCGGCAGUAAAGAGCCCUCUUCAAUCCAAAAAGAGGGGGAAAUGAAGAAAAAACCAGCAACUUCAGCUGCUGAAAUUCCCCCAGUAGUUACAGCAUCCAAUCAGCAUUUUGUUGCAGAAAAGUCUUUGCAAAAGCCACCGCCACCAUUUCCUCAACGGUUCAAGAAGCAACAAGAUGAUGGUCAAUUCCGGAGAUUCCUUGAUGUUCUAAAGCAGCUCCACAUCAAUAUACCAUUAGUGGAAGCGUUGGAGCAAAUGCCAACUUAUGUGAAGUUUUUGAAGGAUAUUUUGACAAAGAAAAAGAGGCUUGGCGAGUUUGAAACGGUCGCUUUGACGGAGGGAUGUAGUGCUAUGUUGAAAAGUAAAAUUCCACCCAAAUUGAAAGAUCCGGGCAGCUUUACAAUUCCUAUUUCUAUAGGGGGUCGAGAUGUUGGAAGAGCUCUUUGUGACUUGGGAGCUACAAGGCCAACCACCGUCACUUUGCAAUUAGCGGAUCGUUCCAUGGCUCAUCCGGAAGGGAAAAUUGAAGAUGUGUUGGUACAAGUGGAUAAGUUCAUUUUUCCGGCCGAUUUCAUUAUUCUUGACUAUGAGGAAGAUAGGGAAGUUCCAAUCAUUUUAGGGAGGCCCUUUCUUGCCACGGGAAGAACUUUGAUAGAUGUUGAAAAGGGAGAGCUUACCAUGAGAGCUCAAGAUGAGCAAGCCACAUUCAAGGUCUUUCAUCCUAUGCGUGCUCCGGAUGCAAUAGGAGAAUGCUUAGCAAUUGGAGAUAUGAAUCCUAACAGGGUUGAGGAGUCCAAAUUCAAAAAUAGUAAGAAGGUGAGAAAGAAGAUUCCCCUUAAAGAAAUUGCUAAGGAUCACGAGCCGCAAGAAAGCAAAGACAAAACAUCAUUUGACCCUAAAAAACCACCCAAAAAGAAGAGAAAGAAAAAGAAGUUUAGUAGAAAAUUUUGGUCUCAAAUGUUUGAAGUUGGGCAACAAGUGAUUUUUGCUAACUCUUUAACGAAGGCUACUCAUGGACGACUAGAUUCAAGGUGUGAUGGAUCUUUCUUGGUGGUGAGAGUGUACCCCGAUGGGGUGGUAGAACUACGUGAUGCACUUUCAAGAAGAAAAUUUUUGGUGAAAGGCCAAGGAGUGAAGUUUGGGAGUGGUGAGGUUGAUCGAGCAAAGACCUCCAUCACAUUGGAAGAGGCUUGA